CGCAGGCCGCUUCUGCUUCCGGGUCACGCCUUGACAGCGGCUUCCCGGACCGGUCUGCCCGGCGGCUCGGCAGUUUGGAGCAUGUGAACAUCCUCUGAGCCUUGAUGAGUUCCAGCAUGUGGUAUAUUAUGCAGACCAUUCAGAGCAAAUACUCCCUCUCAGAACGCCUGAUCCGAACAAUCGCUGCCAUCCGCUCCUUCCCACAUGACAACGUGGAGGACCUCAUCAGAGGGGGAGCGGACGUGAAUUGCACGCACGGCACCCUGAAGCCCCUGCACUGUGCCUGCAUGGUGUCUGACGCUGACUGUGUGGAGUUACUCCUGGAGAAGGGAGCGGAGGUCAACGCCCUGGAUGGCUACAAUCGAACAGCGCUCCACUAUGCAGCAGAGAAAGAUGAGGCUUGUGUGGAGGUCCUGUUGGAAUAUGGGGCGAACCCCAAUGCACUGGAUGGCAACAGAGAUACUCCACUUCACUGGGCAGCAUUUAAGAACAAUGCUGAGUGCGUGCGGGCUCUCCUGGAGAGUGGGGCCUCUGUCAAUGCCCUGGAUUACAACAACGACACGCCGCUCAGCUGGGCUGCCAUGAAGGGAAAUCUCGAGAGUGUCAGCAUCCUUCUUGAUUAUGGUGCUGAGGUGAGAGUCAUCAACUUAAAAGGCCAGACGCCCAUCUCCCGCCUGGUGGGUCUGCUGGUUAGAGGACUUGGGACAGAGAAAGAAGACUCCUGCUUCGAGCUCCUCCACAGAGCUGUUGGACACUUUGAAUUAAGGAAAAAUGGUACCAUGCCACGAGAAGUGACCAAAGACCAGCAGCUGUGUGAGAAACUGACUGUGUUGUGCUCAGCACCAGGGACUCUGAAAACCCUGGCCCGCUACGCUGUCCGCCGGAGCCUGGGUCUGCAGUACCUGCCUGAUGCAGUGAAGGGCCUUCCGCUGCCCGCGUCUCUGAAGGAAUACCUGUUGCUCUUACAGUAGCCUGCAGGGGACCUUCCUGCCGCCGUGCAGACAACUCAGGGUGAGGUUUUCUUUCAAUACUGUCUCCUUGUGGAACACAGAAAAGAGCUUGUUCCUGUUGCGUGGUUUGUGGAUUUUGAGGCAACACAUCACAACAGUAAUGUAUGUACCACCUCCCCUCCCAUACCUAGCAACCAAACCAAACCUAAAAAAAAAAAAAAAAAAAAAAAAUUACCUCACUUCUGUUUGCUGUUUUAUUGCUUAAUUGCCUUUUUAUAUUCAACCCUGCAAAAGAAGUCUUCCCCUUAGGACACUAGUCAGCAAUGUAACAAAACCUCCCUAGGAAGAUGUAAAGUGCUCAGAGUACAUGGUUUUCCUUGGGCCAUGGUUUAGCAUUGUGAAAGAGCUCCUUCUAAAAGCUUUGAGUUGAUCUGAAGUUUAAGAAAAAUCACAAUUUCAAUUAACAAGAAUUAUGUUCCAAGGAUGAAUGCUUGAACUUCAGAUGGGGUGUAGACUCAGAACUGGGCAUUCAGAAGGACCGGCCCUUUCUCCUCACCACAAGAAAGAACCGUCUUUGCCUUUUUCCAUAGUCGUGCUGAAGGGCUAGUCCUCCAGCAAUGUGAUCUCACGGGGGUAUCUUGCUGCUCCCACAAGAGGAGAGGUGGAAUCGCAGCAGUCCCAGAACUGGCAGGCCAUUCUUCUAGUUGUUCUUUCCAUGAAAACUCCUUUGCACCAAUGAGCCGAGCACAUUUCCUGCACCGUAGAUGAGGGUGUUUCUUAGCAAGGGAGGCUGGGCAGCGCUGCCUGCCCCGUGGAGCUUCAUUCCCUAAGGGUUUGGAGAUUUUUGCUUGUUUGUUUUGUUUUUUUUCCUACUCUCUUGGAACGUUUGCUUUUUAUUGAGCUAUAGAAAAUGGUGGGGAAGUGGAGAUGGGAACAGAAUAUAAAGGGCUUCUUUGGAAUUGGCCCGCCCACCCUAAAAAGACCUGUUUUGGCGAACAAUGUUCUUGCUUUUCGUGUUCUGAAACCAGAUGAAGUUGAUUUUGACCUUAAGUGAUCUGUACGCAAGUUUGGAAAGCACUUUUUAAAAAGCUGGCUGAAACUACACUUGAGUGAAUAGGACCUUCUCACGCAGCUAACUCAAAAAGUUUGCCUGCUUUUGUCCUUCGCUGUUGCUGGGGUUUGCCCAUUUGAAAAAAAGAAUAAAUAAAUAAUUCUAAAAGCAAAUUUGGCAA